GGGAGUGACUUUUGAGAUAAUUUUUUCUGGGAAGUGCUCAAAAGAGCUAACUUUGUUUCUCACCUUAUAAUUCUUUUGACUUUGUUAAUAAGUGACGUUUUUGUUGGCAGCUGGAGUUUGAUGAUUUUUUUUCAUUUAAUUGACAUGAUAUCGUGUUUUGGGUGUUGACUUAUUGGUGCAAUGAUCUACUCUUGUUAUUUUAUCAUAGUUAUCAGCUGUUCAGAGCUUAUACUGUAGAUAAUUUUUUAGUUUUCUGUUUGAUCUUGACAAUUUUGCUUGCUUUAUUUGGACUUAUGUUAUCUGUAGAUAAUCAUUGCAAUACUGACAACUCAAAAGUGAAUUCUUGUAACCAGUAUUUACUAUCAAAGCCGUGUGAUCAAGAACUGAUUGGGAAUAUUGUAGUUUAAGGGUAGCGAAAUGAUUAUGAAACUGGAAUAAAAAGUUUCAUUUGAUUUGACUUUUGCACAGUAUUUUGACUGCCAGUUUACUUGAAUUGUUCAGGAACUGCUGUAUGUAUUGGAAUUCAAUAUGAAUUUUAAAAUUUAGUGAAUGCUUUGCAAUAUGCUAUGCUAUGCUAUUCUAAGGUUUCACAUAAUCUAUGUUGUGUUGUAUAUGCUGAAUUUGUCUGCAAUAUCAUAUUUUAAUAGUUGAUCCCUAUAAUUCGUUGCAUGCAGAAAGUUUGAAUGGAGCAAAGGUCAAACUGUGUUGUACCAAGUCAAUCUGAAGGUUCAUCCAAUACUCCUUCAGUCAACAUUUCUAGAAAGUGGGAAACUGGUGCAUGGGGAAUCCCACAUAAAACCGUGGCAUAUCAUUCAUCAAGUGAUGCAUGCUUAUUUUCUAGUUCUUUACCUGUACUUCCCCAUGAAAAAUUGAACUUUGCUGAUGUGGAGCAUUCUGGUCAUUCUGUUGAUGAUAAAUCGCCUGAGUUAUGUAAGCUAGAACUUAAGAAUGAUGGAAAGGACCUACUCGAAGAUGUUGAAACAAAUGCAAUUGGAAGUUUGCUUCCUAGUGAUGAAGAUGACCUCCUUGCUGGCGUUAUGGAUGACUUCGACCUAAGUGAGUUGCCUAGUCAGUUGGAGAACUUGGAGGAGUAUGAUGUCUUUGGUACUGGAGGGGGAAUGGAAUUGGACUUUGAACCUCAAGAGAGCCUUAGUAUUGGGCUAUCAAAGAUGAACCUCUCUGAAGGGGUACUUGCAAAUGGGAUUGGUCAUUAUCCUCUUCCAAAUGGUGUGGGAACGGUGGCUGGGGAACAUCCCUAUGGAGAGCAUCCUUCAAGAACAUUGUUUGUACGAAAUAUCAAUAGUAACGUUGAAGACUCUGAAUUGAGAUCUCUCUUUGAGCAAUAUGGAGAUAUAAGAACUUUGUAUACUGCAUGCAAGCAUAGGGGCUUUGUAAUGAUUUCAUACUAUGAUAUUCGAGCUGCACGGACUGCAAUGCGUGCAUUACAAAAUAAGCCACUGAGGCGAAGAAAGCUGGAUAUUCACUUCUCAAUUCCCAAGGAUAACCCAUCAGAGAAAGAUAUAAAUCAGGGAACCCUUGUAGUAUUCAACUUGGAUCCAUCCGUAUCAAAUGAUGACCUUCGCCAAAUAUUUGGGGCUUAUGGAGAGGUCAAAGAGAUCAGGGAAACACCACACAAGCGACACCAUAAAUUCAUAGAAUUUUAUGAUGUUAGAGCUGCAGAGGAAGCUCUUAGAGCAUUGAAUUGGAGUGACAUAGCUGGGAAACGCAUAAAGCUUGAACCUAGUCGUCCUGGUGGAGCUCGUCGAAACUUGAUGCAGCAGCUAACUCAGGAGCUGGAACACGACGAAGCACAAAGUUUUACGCAUCACAUAGGUUCUCCGGUUGCUAACUCUCCUCCAGGUAAUUGGGCACACUUUGGCAGUCCUGUUGAACAAAAUCCUUUGCAUGCUUUUAGUAAGUCUCCUGGUUUGGGAUCUUUCAGCCCUGUAAGUAACAAUAAUUUGACUGGACUAGCUUCAAUUCUCCCUCAUCAUGUGCCUAACUCUCUGAAGAUUGCACCUAUUGGUAAGGAUCUAGGCAAGACCAAUAAUGCAAACCAAAAUUUUACUAAUACUGGGGCAGUGCAAGGAGCAUCCUACCAGCAUUCUAGAUACUUUUCUGAGCAAAAGGCAAGUGCAAGCCCUGGACCAAUUUCUGCCUUCAGUGAAUCUAAUUCGAGUUCAUCUGGUACUGGAACAUUGACCGGUCCUCAGUUUCUAUGGGGAAGUCCCACUCCUUUCUAUGAGCGUGCUAGUUCUGAUUGGCCAACACAAUCAGUGACGCACCCUUUUUCAUCAAGUGGACAAGGUUUUCCAUAUACAAGUCGACAUGGCUCAUUUCUUGGUUCAAGCAACCAUCAUCAUGUGGGAUCUGCUCCUUCUGGCAUGCAUUUUGAUAGGCACUUUAACUCUCUCUCAGAGUCACCUGAAACAUCUUUUAUGAAUCCUGUUCCUUUUGCUGGUGCGGGUUUAAAUCGUAGCAAUGGCAGCUUUUUUAUGAAUAUUGGUACCCGUGGAACUAUCAAUGCUGGUGUUGGUCACCUAGGGAAUGUAACUGAAAAUGGUUCACCUAAUUUCAGAAUGAUGUCAAUGCCGAGGCAUGGUCCUAUUUUCUUUGGGAAUGGUUCUUAUCCUGGUCAAGGUAUGGCUGGCAAUGAAGGGUUGGCUGAUCGCAGUCGAAGUCGGCUAGUUGAAAAUAACGGAAACCAGAUUGAUAACAAGAAGCAGUAUCAACUUGAUUUGGAUAAAAUAAUAAGCGGAGAAGAUACUAGGACCACUUUAAUGAUUAAAAAUAUCCCCAACAAGUAUACCUCAAAGAUGCUGCUUGCUGCCAUUGAUGAAAAUCACCGAGGCACUUACAAUUUUCUCUAUUUGCCAAUUGAUUUCAAGAACAAGUGCAAUGUAGGUUAUGCCUUCAUCAAUAUGAUCUCCCCUUCACAUAUUGUCUCCUUCUACCAGGCUUUUAAUGGAAAGAAAUGGGAGAAGUUCAACAGUGAAAAGGUGCCAUCAUUGGCUUAUGCUCGAAUCCAGGGCAAGGCUGCCCUUGUGGCACAUUUCCAAAAUUCGAGCUUGAUGAAUGAAGACAAGAGAUGCCAGCCUAUUCUGUUCCCUUCAGAGGGCCAAGAGACUGGUGAUCAGGAACAUUUCCUCUCUAGCGAUUUGAACAUCUGUAUUCGUCAACCAGAUGGCUCUUAUUCUGGGGAUUCAUUGGAGAGCGAAGCCAGAGAAGAGUUGACAGUAAAUUCGGAUAACUUACCCUUAGCUUUAAAAAGGACUAAGGAUGCUAACAAGUUGAUAAGCGUCUCUUUUUUAAGUGUAUAAAGUUGGAAGACAAAUUAAAACACAAGUAUAUCUUUAAAGCUUGUGUCAUGUGCAGUGUUUGCUUUAUCGGACACUACGUGGUAAUUCACUAGAGAAGUUAAAAAUUACAUGAGGCAGAAAAUGUUGUUUGUAAGUAGAGAAAGAAAUUGUUACUGGAGCAAGGGUGGAAGAAUAAGGUUGAAAUAUGUUGCUGAGUGUUGAAGUCUGUUUGCAACGGGGUGGAGUUACGUUUCGACCUGUGCUUAGGUCUCCUCUGGGUUCUAUUUUCUAAAAAAAGCGUUAGAUGUUUUCGGUCAUUGAUGUCGAUAUGGAAGUAUGGUAACUUGUUUGUAUGUAAAUCUUUGUUGGGGAAUUCCUGAAGGGUACAUGAUUGUUCAUAAACUGUGUAGGAUGUAAUGAACUUUGUUUUUGUCAAAAUAUUUAUGUAUUUGCAGAUAUGUCCAAU